AUGAGUACUCGAGAGCAGAGGGAAGGGCUUGGGUAUCCACAGGGAGGGUUGGACGCUGGUGAGCAGUGCCUCACUGUGCAGUUCAGAGUGGUCUUCGCUGUGGCAUCCAAUCGGACUGGCAAGGGUGGUAUAUGCUAUAUAAGGGUCGCGUCAACGAAACAGACAUGCCUGCAGGAGUUUUAUCAGCUUAUUACGACCGCGGCGAAAAUGAAGUAG